AUGGGCACCAACAGAAGACGCGACGCUUUGGCCACGAACGCUCUGCCAGCUGAAGCGACCCAAGAACUGAAUCGAUUGAUAGCAUCCGCACUGCAGACGCUCCAAUUGCCAGUUGGUGUGUUUGAUUCAACUGAAAUUUCAGAAGAUGUCGUCUCCGACCGAAUCCACAGUCUCGGACUAAUUAAGCUGAAGCAAGUGCCGAACCUGCAGCCCCCUGGAAGUGUUUACAGCUCGGACUUGGCUAUUCGAUUGUUUUACAGCUGCAGGAAGGCGGGGGUGGUUUUUGUGCACACAAAAGCCGCAUCGAACAAGUCCGAGAUAUUAAAGCAGUCUGAGAUUUUGACUGUUGACGAUCCUCAAAAGCUGGCGAAACUGUGUUUAAACGCACUCAAUUUGGAGCUAAUUCGACGGCCAUAUCGCCACGUAGUUCGAGUAUGGUUGCCCGAUAAGGUUGACAUUGCAUUGGGCGCACAACCUGACAGAAUUUUAGUGCAAACCCGUGAGUUUGCAAAGUGCAAAAACAGUGAUGCAGCCGACGCUGCCCUUCGUGCUCACUUGCCGCUGAAGAUUUUGUUUCGAGACGAUGCUCUGAUUGUCGUGGAGAAGCCUGCUAAUGUGUUGAGCGUGGACGGGGCCGACUCCAAUGCUUUGCCGUCGGUCCACCGCUGUAUUGCAAACGUGUAUCCCGAAGCUCGGAUGGUGCAUCGUCUGGACCAAGAAACGUCGGGCCUGCUUGUCGUUGCGCUGACCAAGUCUGCAGCUCAGAGUUUGAAUGCACAAUUCCGAGAUCGGUCGGUUGAGAAGAUUUACGUGGCACGAGUUGAUGGAUGGAUCAUGGACAAUCAAGAGGAGGAGUCGGAGUCGCCAAGGUGCUUGAGAGUUCCCAUGGAGAAGCACCCGACCAAGCGGCUUGUUCAACGGGUAAUUUCGGACCGUGUCGUUGAUCCUUCAAGCUCGCUCUGGUCGUGUACCGAAUAUUGGCUGCGAUCUCACGCAGUUGAUGACAUUCAAGAGGAUUGGAAAUCUACGAUAGUAGACCUCAAACUAGUGACCGGCAAGACCCACCAGCUUCGACUGCAUAUGCAGCAUCUAGGUCAUCCAAUUCUAGGUGACUCGUUGUACUCUCCAGAGCUGGUGUACCACCGUGCCUCGCGUCUUUGUUUACAUGCUGCAAAGCUGGCAUUUACGCACCCGGUCACGAACGAGCGUUUGAGUUUUGAGAGUCUCCAGUCAGAAGACUUCUUUUCGGACAGCAAACAUAGCGGUGCAAGUCAACGGCCACACACUCGGCCACACAUCGAGAUCGAGACUGACUGUUCCUUGUGA